GUUUUCUUCCCAGCUGUCUCCGACGAGACCUUUCUAGCGUUUAUCUCCCACAGCAACUCACCAGUGUACAUUUUCUGUCGUAUCCAUCUCACAUAAUGAAGUUUACUUUCCUUUCGCCGUGCACAUUAGCUGCCGCCUACUCUUGCCUCUUUCUCGCGAUCCUCGAGCCAGUGCUUUGCCUCAGUCUCCAGAACGUGUUCGGCGGGCAAUCCAUCAAACUGCUUCUCCGCUUUGACGCAGAUAUUGCCAAAGAGUCCAUUCCACAUUACUUGUCACUAGACCCUGUAGAUGACGAGCGUUUGCCACCAAUAGACUUGUUUCAGUACCCCCCCACCGAGAAGGUCCUUCGACUCGACUACUCGGGGUUGCCCGCCACUGAUGAGAUGUUAUUCAAGAAGCAAUGCUACGCCAUGAUAGCUAAAUAUUCCUUGGAUGUUUGGGCCAAGUCCUCACUGGACAAGUUCUUUGACAUCCGUGUUUCCGACGUUGAAGCUUUUGCUGAAAUCUUAGAGGAGUAUAACCUCCCUGAUGUCCCGGUUUCGAUCAUUAUCCCAGACUUGGCCCAGUCGGUCUACGAAACCUUCCCGCAAGCUUCGGUUAACACAACCGAGACUGUUGGUGAAACAGCGGUGCUUAUGGAUUAUCUCUCCAGAACUGGCCCAGAACUCACGACUGACAUGGCCAAGGAGGAGUUGAACAUUAUGACAGACUUGUUCUUCAAGCAGUACCGCAAUCUCGACAUGGUGUAUCUCUGGUUCGAGAUGUUAAGGGCCACUUACCCCGACAUCUUGAAGCACGAACGCAUCGGGAAAACCUAUGAAGGCAGAGAGAUGUCCGCAUUGCACUUGUCUGUCGCUCAUAAAGACAACCACAAAGACGACGGCACCAGAGCACCAGAUACAGAUUUUGAUCACGAGGACGAUCCCACUGAGAGACGGACGAUUGUCAUCACCGGAGGCCUCCAUGCUCGUGAGUGGAUCUCCACCUCCACCGUCUGUUACUCUUUGUUCAGGCUUCUCCGCUCUUAUGAUCAUAUAACCGAUAGCGUUGACGGUCAUAAACACCGGAAGCUCCGUAAGAUUCUCACGUCGCUCGACUUUAUCUUCAUUCCUGUUUUUAACCCUGAUGGCUACUACCACACUUGGUCAGUGGAUCGUUUGUGGCGCAAGAACAGACAGGAAACCUUCAACCCUCGUUGUUUUGGGCUCGACAUAGACCACUCGUUCGACUUUCGCUGGCAGCACUCCGACGCGUUCAACCCUUGCGGUGAGAACUACUCAGGCGAAGACUCGUUUGAAGCGAUCGAGGCCCAACAGUGGAACAACUUCCUUACGAACCACACUAACCAGAUCUUGGGGUAUUUAGAUUUGCACUCGUAUUCGCAGCAGAUCUUAUACCCAUACGCCUGGUCCUGUGAACAACAACCCCGUGAUUCUGAAAACUUGAUUGAGUUGGCGUACGGCAUGUCUAAAGCAAUUAGAUUAUCCUCAGGCAGAUACUACAACGUUUUGCCCGCGUGCGUGGACCGCGACGUGGAUAUCGAACCAAGUUUGGGAUCCGGGACUAGCUUGGACUACAUGUACCAUAACAAGGCAUACUGGGCGUUCCAGAUUAAGUUGAGAGAUUCGGGUGACCAUGGUUUCUUGCUACCACCAAAACACAUUAUUCCAGUGGGUAAGGAGAUAUACCAGGCGAUCAAAUACUUCUGCUUCUUUAUUUUGGAGAGUAAAGAGUAUUGAAAGAGUUGACAUAGUUUGAGCUAUUGAAUUUCUGCAUUGUUGGGCAGGGCAGAUUAAAUAUGUCCAACCAUGCGAGGCUCAAAUUAACAGAAGAACCAGGGGAGUAUUAUGUGUGAGUUAGCCGCAGGUAGGUGGGUUUUACCGAUAAGCUCAAGUUUAUAAAAGGAAUUGAUUUUCUUGGAGUUGGAACAUGGUGGAUACACAAGCGUGUCUGGCCGUACAUUAAAAUACGAUAAAGGGAUGAACGCUCUAAAAUAGAGAAUUGUCUCCAACCUAUUGGAGCCUCUGAUAUUUAUUCCUUGUCCUGGCGAUAAAAUCCGUCUUAAUAUAUAUAAACCCUCAAAAAUAUGGUGCGUUUUGUGCUUACAGAGCCGAAGAUGGCUUGGAAACAGAUUUGUA